CAGUGCCGCGCAGCAUCGAUGAUCACGCCAAGUCACCCCAACCCCAAGAUCUCACCAUCUUCUCAAAAAGUUUCAAACCCACCGAACAGUCAGUCCGCCCAACCCCUUACUCCUAUAAGAACACGGCGUGCGCAUGGCCUUCCUCCCAACAUCUGUCCGCACCCCAUCCGUAAGGUUGUUCAACACGCACUCUUCCCCUCUACAUUUGCCCCGAGUAUCUGCACACAAGUCCGUCGUACCUGUCCACCGCAGUGCUUUCAGACCGAAAGAGCUAUCUGUGGUUGGCGAGAAGAAGAAUUUGGGUAGUUCUAGAGCGAAGGCCUCAAUGGCGGCGGCGACGACAGCUGAGAAUAAGAAGAAGGUCGAGGUGUUUGAUACGGAGGAGGAUCUUGCUGUGUCUCUGGCCAAGUACACGGCCGAUCUCUCCGAUAAGUUCUCUAAAGAAAGAGGGGCUUUUUCCGUCGUCUUGUCUGGUGGGUCUCUCAUCAAGUCCCUCAGGAAAUUACUGGAACCUCCAUACAUUGAUAGGAUUGAAUGGUCGAAAUGGCAUGUAUUUUGGGUUGAUGAACGAGUAGUGCCAAAGGAUCAUGAAGACAGCAACUAUAAGCUUGCUUAUGAUGGGUUUCUUUCUAAGAUACCAAUUCUCCCUGGUAAUGUCUAUGCAAUCAACGAUGCGCUGUCUGCUGAGGGUGCAGCUGAUGAUUAUGAGACCUGUCUCAAACAUUUGAUCAAUAUAAAUGUGGUAGAUCUAUCAGCAGCUAGUGGUUUUCCAAAGUUUGAUCUCAUGCUGCUGGGCAUGGGUCCAGAUGGACAUGUCGCUUCUUUAUUCCCCGGGCAUCCUCUCCUCAAAGAAAAUGAAAAGUGGGUCACCUUUAUUAAGGACUCGCCAAAACCACCGCCAGAGAGAAUUACUUUUACCUUCCCUGUGAUCAACUCGUCUGCAUAUAUUGCCCUUGUGGUGGCAGGUGCUGGCAAAGCUGGAGCAGUGCAAACAGCAUUGAAAGAGGGUCAAAAUUCGGAUAAGCUUCCUGUCCAAGAGGUUUCACCUGAAGGGGAGUUGACUUGGUUUUUGGACAAGGGUGCAGCUUCAAAGCUGUAGGAGUCCUGAUGUCCAAAUCCGAAUGAGGUCAUCCAUGUAGUGUGCUGGUCUGUUUAUCUUGUACUGUGGUGUAUUUGUUGCAAUAAAAGAAGGGUUUGAAUAA